AUGGCAAUGGCUGUCGCUACAGCAGUUACACUCAGCUAUCGCCGUUCACGCACUACAUCACGUGACUGGUCUGUCGCCAACUCGGUACCAGUUGGCGUGGUGGACACAUCGUUGACUGAACCAAUUGUAAUCAACAUUGGCGGAAAAAAAUACGAGACAUACGAGAGCACGUUGAACCAGUUUCCCAAUACGCUGCUGGGAAAUCCUGAAAAGCGUAAGAAAUACUUCGACGAGAAAAACAACGAGUACUUUUUUGACCGACAUCGCAGCUCCUUCACGGCCAUUCUGUAUUACUAUCAGUCUGGUGGAAUGUUGGAACGGCCUUUGCACGUGCCACCUGAUAUUUUCCUAGAGGAAUUGAACUUUUUCCAGUUGACGGAUGACAUGCAGAAGGAGAACGAAGCGGUUGCAAACUGUGAAGACGACGAUGGCGGGAAGGACGAUGACGACGAAGAAGAACUUCCAAAGAAUAGGACCCUACGAGCAAUUUGGCUCGUAUUCGAGAGCCCAAAUUCUUCAUUCUGCGCCAAAGGUUUGGCUAUAUUUUCGCUGGUAAUUAUCUUGCUUUCGAUAGUGGUAUUCUGCGUGGAAACAAUGCCUGUUUUGAAUGAUUCCCCUCCAUUGGACGCUAAUGAGACUAAGACGGCCCCUAAUGAAACUAAGCCGGCCAAGCCCGGAAAAAACAAACACGUGUUCUUUGUGUUAAACGCGAUCUGCAGUUCGUGGUUCACGUUUGAGUACGUGAUUCGUUUCAUCGCAUCGCCUAAUAAGAUUCGAUUUCUCAAAGCGAUUCUGAACAUCUUAGAUCUGUUGUCGAUUCUUCCAUUUUACGUGAGCCUGAUUGUCCCAGAGGAGUCGGCGGGCAGCAUUGAUAUUCUCCGAGUAAUGAGAGUGAUCCGUGUGUGUCGAAUCUUCAAGCUGACGCGUCACUCCAAAGGUUUACACGUGCUAGGGAAAACUCUGUACGCUAGCGUCAACGAGUUGAUUAUGUUAAUGCUCUUCCUGGUGAUUGGAGUCAUACUGUUUGCAAGCGCCGCGUAUUACGCCGAGGAUAAACCGGGUUCCAAGUUUGCCAGCAUUCCACACGCAUUCUGGUGGGCGGUUGUAACCAUGACAACGGUAGGAUAUGGAGACAUGUAUCCUCAGACCACACUUGGUAAGUAGUGUUGGCUAUUGGACCACGUAUGAUGUCCUAAAUAUGUUUCGUUUAGGCCGCGUACGAAUUUAUUAACUCUAUUUUUGGAAAGUUGAUCUGGAGAUUGUUGUUAGCAGUUUGUGGCUUCGCUUGGCCCCUAAAACUUCAACUUCUCUCACACUUUCUAUGAAAAGACUAAAACCAAUAUAUGAAUCUGUGUACUACAUUCGUCAACUUCCCUGAGUGACCAAGACAUAAUUUCUCCUUACAAGCAGACAAGCGAUUAGAAUAAAGGAAAAUAUCUAUUAGGUGAUUAUCAGUUGAUUCAAUACUAAAUUCCUGGAAUUAACAUCGUAAGAAUUGUAUGGCAGACAGUAAGGAGAAUUACUAUUUAAAUCUUGGGAAAGAAAGGGUUGAACAAAGAGACUUCAGAGAAAACUGGGAGACGAAGGAGAAAUGCCGCUCUAUGGAAUAAUUUACAAACCAAAGGCUUAUCUAACAAAGUAGCAACAGUUUUAAUUGCUUCCGCUGUUUGCAGUGAAACAGAUUUUGUCGCCUAGUAAUACUGCAUCAGUUAAACUUCUUAUUUGUUCGUUCGCAGGUAAAUUAGUGGGAGCUAUGUGUGCUCUAUCAGGAGUACUCGCCAUCGCUCUUCCUGUACCGGUCAUAGUCUCUAACUUUGAGUUUUACUAUAAGGAGGAACUGAGCAAACGGGAGAAUGCCGAAUCAGUGUCUUACAAAAACCUUAAUAGCUUAGUGCCAAAGUCGCCGAUGCUAGAGCACAAGUUACUACUCGAUUCUGAAGCGGGUACACCCACACACUCGGCCAAGUUAGAUGUUAAUCCUGGCCAGUAUUCUAGUCCUUUAUUGACGCAUCGUAUAACAAACGGUGCCAUGAAGUUCGGACAGGAUACAAUUAUUGAGACUGACGAGCUCAGCACUGGCGGCGGUGGGGGAAGCGGGUCGAAACCAUCGACUCCAAUUAAUCGAAGGAAGCAGCAGCAAUCUGCCCCACCGAACUCAGAAACAGUCUUAUAA